UUUUUACUCUUUCAUUGUUUUAUUUUUAAUCUUAAUUGUUGUUCUAGUUUAAUUUGAUUUUAUUUCAUAUCCUAGUGUUUCUAAUUGUUUUUUAUUUGUUCUCAAAACUUUUGAAUGGUUUGAAGGUGACCAAUUAUUCCGGUUACCAUUGUGACUUAGAAAAUCAAUCCAAAUGGAAACUUCAACCAGUUGUCUUGUGAAUGUUGAUGGAAUCAAUUAUAAAAUUGAUUUAAAGAUAAAAAAUGGAGAGAAAAGAAUUGACUUGGACAGUUUAAAGAAACAUCUCUCUGAAACAAAUGAAGAGGAGCUCUCACAAUAUGAUAUAUUUAAUAGUGAGAAAUAUACAAUUGAGAUCUUUGACCCUCACUUUCAAGAGUUUGUACAAGCCGAUAACAGUAUUGAGCUUUUGGACAAGACAAAAUUGAGAGUCAAAAGUGUAGAUAUUAGGAAAAAUACUCAACCUCCUAUAGUAAAUGGACAUAACUCCGUUGAAGAUGAGGUUCUAUUGGUUAAAGAUUUCGAAGACAAGAGAGAUCUUGUCAAUAUCGUAACCAAGCUUCACAUGAGCUUUGCAUUAAUGCCCAAUCGUGCUCGAAGGAGAAGUUCAAAUCACAUUUUAGAAGAGAGUCUUAAAAUGAAGGAGAAAUUCUGGUCCAGUGUAGCUGAAGAGAUGACCACAACUCGGAAUAAAAAUUUCACUCCUGAUGAAUGUAGUACCACAUUUUUCGGUUUACUCUCUCAAUAUCAAUACAUUUUAAGGAAAUACAAACGAUACACCGAUGAUAAGGUUCAAAGUCUUUGGCCUUUCUUUAAAUCAUUUCACUUCAAAAUCGAGUGUAAAUUGUUUGCCAAAGGAUUAAGUAAUCUGAAGAAUAGCUUUGACAGUAUGCGAAAAGAUGGUGGCGGUAAUCAGACCAAUAAACAGAAAACAUCAGAAUGUACCCGAUUGGAAGAAGAUUUUAAUUUAAUUACCUCAGUGUUAACUCGAAUUAAUUCAUUUCGAAAGCCACCUCGAGCAGCCGUUUGGAAAUCAAUUGGUGAAGAUAUGGUUGAUUACAAUUCACUUAACAGUCGAAUGGCUGGUUUUCGUUGGCAGAAACGUUUCCAUGAGCUUCUAACCAAAUAUGUCCAUUUAUCUAGUCAGGGAAGUCAAUUAGACAAAGAAUCCUGGCCAUUGUAUAAUCUAUUCUCACAGAUCGACAUUGGACUUUUCAUGAAAUCAAAGGAUGGAAAUAAAUCCAGACCAAGCCAAAGAUCAAGAUCAAAACGAAGCAAAAAUCACACCAGCGGCUCAUCUCCUAUUCCAAUUGAUCUAUCAGAUAGUGAAUCUGAAUUUGUAGUAAUCGAUGAAAUAAUUGGUGAAAGUGAUCGAGAUACCCCAUGUGUAGAUCUUGAAGAAGAGGAAGAAAUCAACGAUUGUGUCCAAGAAUUGGUACAAGAAAUUGUUGACAAAGUAAUAGAACUCAUGGAAUCAUAAAGAAGAUUUAAAUCGCUAAUCGUUUCCUAAUUAAGUGUUUCUCGUAACCAAAUCACAAUCGAUUCAUUUGUCACAUAAACUCAACAUUAUCAUCAUCUUUCUAAAUUAUUUUUCACUUCUAUUAAUAUAUAAUCAAUUUCUGAAUCGUUCUUUUUUUCUCUCAAUCUUCUUCUCUCUCAAACAAUUCAAUUUCUCACCUAAUUAAUAGGUUUAUGUUCAUUAAUUAAUGUUCAUUCCAAUCUUUUCACCACUAAUCUAAACCAGAUACACUUCUUAAUCCAGUUUAAAUCAAUCCCAAUGAUCUACAAACAAAAAGACAUUGAAACAAUUGAAGUGAACGGAAAUUUUGGAUUAGUAAUUAGAAAAAAUUAAUCAUCAUUGUUUUGUCUUCUAAUUAAAAGUAACUCUUUUCUUCACAA